GGGAGGCGGAGGACAGCCACAGUGUGCCAGAGUCGUGAUAUGGCCGCGGUAGCGGUGGAGACCAUCGCCGCCGCCGCGCUGCGCGCGCGGCUGCGCAGCCACGGCGGCGUGAGCGUGCGGCUGCGUGCCAACGGCUGGGACCUGCUGGCGGGGCGGGUGGAGGGCGCGGCGGUGGAGGGGCGGCUGUGGGAGAGCCCGCUGGGGCUCACCGCGCGCAUCCUGGACGUGGAGGUGGGACGUGUGGAGCUGGACCUGGCGGCGGCGCUGCAGCAGCAGCGCAUCGCGCUGCGCAACGUGCCGCUGGGUGCGGCGCGGGUGGUGUUCAGCGGCCCGGACUUUGGGGCGUUCCUGCGGCACCCGCUGGUGGUGGCGGCGGCGGCGAGGGCGGUGCAGGGCCUGUCGUUCAGCUUUGACCGUGAGGUGCUGGUGCUCCCACCCAGCAGUAGCAGCAGCAGUGGCAGUAGCAGCAGCAAUGGCAGUAGCAGCAACCCUGGCGGCGGCGCGACCGGGGCUGUAUUGUUCAGCGGCGUACUGCCGGCCACGCAGCAGCGCUACCAGCUCACCAUGCGGCCAGCGCAGGGCGGCGGCCGCGCCGUCACGGUCACGGCGGUGCCGGUUGGCACGGCUGCUGCUAUUCCUCCCGCCGCCGCAGGUCUGCCUGCAGCAGCAGGAGCAGGAGUAGGAGCGGGAGCGGCUGCGGCGGCGGCUGCGGCGGCGGCCUCGUUGGCAGGGUCGCCGCUGCGAAGCAAAGGCCGCGGCAACGGGGGCCCCGCGGCCGCCGCCGCUACGCUUGCCGCUGCUGGGCCCGCUGGCCUCAGCACAGCCAGCGCGGGCAGUGUCUCAGGCAGUAGCAGCAGCCUUGCCAGCAGCAGCAGCGCCGAGGGCGAGCCCGACCCGGUCGUGUCGGCGGAGCUGAGCCGCUGGUUCAGUGGGCUGACGGUGGACUUGCAGGGCGCUGAGCUGGCAUUUGACGGGCUGUGCGUGAGUGAGGCGGCGGCGGUGGCGGCGCGGGACAACGCCCGCGGCGGCGCAGGAUCUGGAGUUGGGGGCGGAGGCGGGGCCAGGCUGGCAGCACGGGAUGCGGCGGAGGGCUGGAUUGACCUAAGGCUGAAGGCCACGGUCCGCGACUUCCCGCCGCUCAACCUGCAGUUCUGAGCAUUUGGUAUUUUAGGCGGGGUUGGUUGAUAUGGGUGUGGGAGUUGGCAGUGGGGGAGAAGGAGGACUGGAGGGUAACGAGAGGGAUGAGUCGUGUGGUGGAAGCCAGUGGGAGCAUGGCGGGGGUUGCGGGGGCAGCGGCACAGCCACCUGAGCAGUGCGGUGGCGGGAGUGGCAGCUGCGGAACACUCGAGCGGCAGGAGGUGUUGCGGCGGUGUGGUGGCAGGCAGCGCCUGAUAUCGUGGAGUUGAUUGAGUGUAUGCAAGGGGUAAGCGCAUGGUAAUACACCAACUCGCAGGCACGGGUGGGUGACACGGGUGCUGGCAGGGGAGGGAUGUGCGGCGCGUGCAAUCCCGUCUGCAUGCAUUGUGCCGCAUGCGGGUCGAUCUGUUAAGAC